CAGGAGGAAGGGGGGGUGGCUAGAGAGGGAGGAGGUAAUCCAAUGAGACACAGAGACGAGAGGCAGUGCGAGGGCAACGCCUCACAGCACCGGGAAUCUCUCUCUAUCUCCAUCUCUUUUUCCCCCCCCCCUUUCCUCUGUCUCUGAAGCGUAAAAACCAAAGGACUCUCAUAUCCCAUUCAGUCUCAUCUCUGUGUGGCUGAGGGCUUACUUUCACAUUCUUUUAAGCCUCUCUUGCCUCAACAGAGCAACAGCCUCCUUCAUUUCUUCCUAAUUCUGCUACUCCACCUGCCAAAGGAUGAAUUCAUGACCACAAACUGGGAUUUCUAUUGGUGUCUUUAUAUGAGGCAGCAUCUUUUUUUUUCUUCUGGAAGUCAUCUUUGUUUUUGUGCUGCCAGCUGCUGAGUGUACAGUGGCUGCUUGUGGUUGAAUAGGUUAGUGUGCCUGUUUAAUAUCAGGUGAUUGAAUGUACUGUACACAGAAGAUGAGAAGGAUGCCUUCCUGGAGGUAGCGCUCUGUGAACGACUCGGGGAGAAGGGUUUCGAGGAUGCUGUUGCUGAACUCCGACCUUUAGCAAAAGUGUCAGUGAAGAAAUUCUGGACAGACAAAGAAGAAAGCAACAAAUACGGACGUGUAUUCCCCUACGUUUGUUGUCACGAACCAACUGACCUUAGUGUCGACUGUGUGUGGACACCAUGGACAUCAACCUUCAGUCGCACCGGUUUUACUUCCCCCAGAUCUACUGUGCUGAACCUGGGGCUCAGCCGCCUCAGCUCACGGAGUUCAAAGUCAGUGAGCAGAGUAUCUGCCAGGCGCGGGCCUCCGUCAUGGUCUACGAUGACACCAGUAAGAAGUGGGUUCCCAUCAAGCCUGGACAGCAGGGAUUCAGCCGCAUCAACAUCUACCACAACACUGCCAACAACACCUUCAGAGUGGUGGGCGUCAAACUGCAGGACCAACAGGUGGUUAUAAACUACUCCAUAGUGAAGGGCCUCAAGUACAACCAGGCCACCCCCACCUUCCACCAGUGGCGGGAUGCCCGUCAGGUUUAUGGCCUCAACUUUGCCAGCAAGGAGGAGGCCACCACUUUCUCCAAUGCCAUGCUCUUCGCCCUCAACGUCCUCAGCGCUCAGGAUGGAGGUCCAGCUGUCCAGCGCCAAGUCCAGAAUGGACCCACCUCAGAUGAGAUGGAAGCUCAGAGAGCAAGACAGAUGAUAGAGCAGCAGCAGCAAUUGCAGGCACAUUUGGAGCGGGAGCGAAGGACGUCCAACUCAGGUUCUCCUUUCCAAGGCCACCCUGCUGUGCUUGCUGUGGCCCCGCCAGUAAUACCUCCCCCCAUGAACAUGGGUGGCCCUCCUCCCCCUCCACCGCCGCCAGGACCUCCACCACCUUCAGCAGGUGCACCAGCGCCUCCUCUCCCGCCUCCACUUCCCAUUGGCGGUGGGAUGGACGCGGACGAACCCCCCGCCCAGACAGGUCUCGCAGCUAUGAUCGCCGGGGCCAAACUGCGCCGCGUUCAAAGACCCCAAGACGAAAGCUCUGCAGGCGUCAAAAACGAUGCCAACCGAACAAGCGGGGGAAGCGGAGGACUGAUGGAGGAGAUGAACGCUCUGUUGGCGCGAAGAAGGAAAGCGGCCUCAGAGCGGCCCGAGGACAGCCAAAAUGAUGACGCAAAUUCUUCGUCACCCAACACCCGGGGUGGACAGAACUCCACAGAUGGUGCAAAGAAGCCGUGGGACAGAGCUAAUUCUGCAGACAGGUCGAUGGUUUCAAGGGUACGGCCCGUGGGGGGUGGCAGCGACUCAGACUCGAUAGACAUGGAUAGAAUGAAACAGGAAAUCUUGGAAGACGUGUUUCGUGAAUUGCACAAAGUAAAGGAGGAAAUCAUCGAUGCCAUUAGAAAUGAACUCAGUCGAAUUAGCACGACAUAAUCUUUCAGAGCCCCUCCCCAGACAUGAAAUCCCCUUUUUGAACCUCGCCCCUGCAGUAGCUGCUGUGGCCCUGAAAAGGAGGAGAAGAACUGGGCCCAAACUGUGACAUCUUCUCAUCCUGUUCGACACCUCAGACAUGUUUGUGUUACAUUUUGUCUGUUUGUUUGGACUUGAAUGGGGCACACUCUCGGACUGAUUCCUCUGAUUUCCUCACAUUUUUUUGUCUGUUUGUAAUCCCAGUUUGCUCCCUCUUUCUUCUGCCGGAAAGAAAAUGGAUAAAAUUCAUAUUAUUUAGUUUUUUUCACCAGUUUGUAUUAAACUUAAAUAUAUAUAUAUAUAUAUUAUUACUAUCAUUUUCAUUAUUAUUCCUAUCAUUUUUAUGAUUGUCAAUGUAAUGUUAAUAUGAAUAGUAGUAGCUUAGUGAGUACAAUGGUAAUAAUGAGGAAAUGAUCAUGAGAAUUUGAUAGUAAUGAUAACGUUGAUAAUUAUAAUUGCACAUCAUUUUACGUCAGCCUUUUGUAUUUUAUAUUGUUUCUUUUCAUUUUGUUUUUUGUUUCUUUGCAAACCGCAUCUAAAAAUAAUUAUAUUCAUCUGACCUGGACAUUUAAAAAAAGAGGUUUUUUAUCCUUUUCACCAACACAUCUAUGUGUGGAACCACGGCAGAAAAAAAACAGGCUUUAAACUGAAAUGGAGGGUGGAAUAAAGUUCUUUGGAUAUUGCAAUCUUAUAAACAAAAAAAAAUUAAAAAAAUAAUACACCAGAGUAUUUGUGAUCAUGUUGUUAAUAAAAUGUGUAUUGGCUGCAAGAAUAUGGUGAAGUAUUGUUCAUUUUAUUCUCUCUUUUUAUGACAAAGUGCUUCCUGGUUUGACAACGCAAAAAAAAUAAAAGAAACGCACUAAGUUUAAAAUGAAUUCAAAUAAAAACUGUGAACAAUGUCUUGGAUAAAUGAGGUCGUCUCUUUCCUUUUGUAUUUGUUUGGGUGCUAUUUUUGUGCCUUUCUGGUGAUUAAGUCUGACUUUCUCACAGUAAAGUGCUUAUGAAAAGGUGCCAUAAAUUACAGCUGGUGCAGAAUAGAGUGGUUUCCGUGCAACCGUCUUGUGUUGUUCAAGUGUUGCAAUUAAAGUAUGAGGCUGUUAAGGGUCCUGCAAAAGCAUUUUAUAAAUAGAUUCAAAGGAUACAUCCAGAUAAUUAAUUAAUGUGCAGUUUUAUCUAUGUUUAUGUUUUGA